AUGCCCUUGAAUCUGGGGAACAGCUCCGGGCGGAGAAAUCGAGGGUUUCUCGGCGCCGACAGCUCUGCCUUGUCGUCCCAAGACGUCCAGGAUCGACAUCAGUUGCGCUACGAGCUUGACCUCAACUCCUGGAACCUCCGCAUCUGGGGCGUUGCCGCCUCGGGCUUCCUUACCGAUUCAUACAACCUCUUCUCUUCCAACGUCAUCCUUGCUUCUGUUGCCUUUGUAUAUUGGCCUCACGGAGGAGAAUGGACUAGCCUCCUCAUCAACUUCUUUACCCUCUUUGGGUCCAUCGUUGGACAGGUCCUCUUUGGCUACCUCGCCGAUCGCUUUGGUCGUACCCGCCUCUAUGGAAUCGAGCUGGUUCUCGUCAUCGUCUCUACCAUUGGCGUAGCUACUAGCAGCCAUGGCUACGGAGACAUGUCGUUCCUCGGCUUGUUCAUCUGGUGGCGCUUUGUCAUGGGCAUUGGCAUUGGAGCCGAAUACCCCUUGAGCGCAGUCAUAACUUCUGAGUGGUCUAGCACUCAGUCAAGAUCGAGCAUGCUUGCCAGUGUCUUCCUUAUGCAGCCUGUUGGACAAGCGCUGGCUCAAAUUAUUGGCUUGCUGGUCCUGAUUGGGUUCAACAACACGCACCACCUCAGGGAGAUGCGAUGUGGGCUCGAUUCCUUGCAUGAAGAGGAGUGUCGCCGAGCAGUUGACGGCAUCUGGCGUAUUGUCAUUGGAUCUGGCGCUGUACCCGCUCUCCUGGCCAUCAUUUUCCGAUUUUUCUUGUUCGACUGCGGUCUCUACAGUCUCGAGGUGAAGAAUAAGCCUGCUGUCGCCAUCAUGAACACGCAACGUGUGUACGGUGCACCAUCCGGCACUACCACUAAUAAUGUCCAAAUGAACCCUCCCAAUGGCAUGCACCCUGAAAACUCUCCCGGGCCGAUGCCAAUUCAGUUUUCCAGGGAGGAUCUACACAACUAUUUCAUACGAGAUGGCAAUUGGUACUAUCUCCUUGGAACAUCGGCAGCAUGGUUCUUUUUAGACGUCAGUUUCUAUGGCCUCUCGCUUGAUAAUCGAGGAACCCUGGCCGACAUGUGGGCCACGACGAAACCAGCAAAAAUCAACAGCCAGCUUUCCUGUUGGAACUCUUCGCUGCCAGGGGGCAAUUCGACAGUGCCCGGCUGGGUGACGGCGGGACUCCCUGCUUGGCAAACGGACAAGACGGAGCCGUGUAACACCAUUUACGACGUGCUGAUACAGCAGACCAAGCAAUAUAUACUAACUGUUUCCUUGGCUUCUAUUGCCGGAAGCGCCUGCUUCAUCUUUUUCGCGAAUCGCAUUCCACGCAGGCGAUGGCUUACAGUUUCCUUUUUCGUUUUGGCCAUUCUCUUCAUCAUUACGGGAGGCGUCUACUACGGCGUCCACCAAGAGGCGGCUGCCCCUGCAACAGUUGUGUUUGUGGCCAUUUGCCAUUUCAUGUUCAACAUGGGCGCAAACACGCUGACGUUUAUCAUACCGGCUGAGAUCUUCCCCACCUGCUACCGAUCGACCUGCCAUGGCAUCUCAGCAGCAGCGGGCAAAUUCGGGAGCAUAGUCUCUCUAUUGAUUGUAUACGGCAUCAACCAGUCGUACAAGAGCUCCAGCCGCCAGGGCCUGAUUUUCCUCCUCUUUGGCUCGGUGGCCGCCUUCGGGGCCGUCUUUUCCUGGGCCUACCUGCCAGAUCCACAAAGAUACGUGGACGACGGCGAGGGAAAGAAAUAUCUCGAGACCAAAGAUCUCGAAGAGCUCGGCGAGGGCCGCGUCAGGGCCCGACAGAGCGGAGAGGUCGUCACGUUUAGCGAGAAGUGGGCGGAGGUCAGGAGGCGAAGGAGGGACAACCAAUUUCGACGCCCGUCUUCAUGA